AUGUCCGCCAUGCUUGAAACGUUUGACAUGCCAAUGCAUGACUAUCAAAACGACCUCGAUAUCCAAAUGCACCCCUCGUCAGAUCAGUGGUUUCCUGACGAAGCACAAAUGGAAGAGGAUGGUCCAGGGGGCACUAUGAAGCCUGAAAAUUAUUCUCCUCCGAAGGGCGAUAACAUAUCUCAAAUGAAAACAGAUGCUUAUUCUCAGGAAAAGGCUGAAAUCACCAUUGAAGUCGAUAUGGAACCUUUCUUAGAGCAUCAUAACGGCGCUGAAUAUGACAUGGAAGCCGACGAAGACAUUCAUCAUACAGGCGGAGAAAAUUUGGAUGUAGAGGUAUAUGACGUUUCGGUGGCUCAGUCCCCAUUGAUGAUUGCAGGAGAGAUAGUACAAGAUGGGCCUUCGAACUUUGUUGGAUCUUUCGAUCACACCGAACCAGCGACUCUUUCACACCAUUCGUCCCCUUCAAUUGCCCACAUAUCAGAUUUGCCACCCUUGGAACCAGAGAUUCAUGAAAAUUCUUCUUUACACGAUGUCAGUGUGGAAAGCCACGACUUUCUGCCCGAUUCCGCGCCAGAAGUCCAAGCACCUGAAGUUAUAUCUGAUCCCAUUGUCGAACAGGAAAACUCUGUCCCCUCUUCGGAAGCGUUUCUUGAUCCCCAUAUUCCGGAAGAGCGAGCUCCAGACAUACCAUUACCACCAGAGGUUACACAUAUUUCGGAGCUGCCUGGCACAGUCGCAGACGCACCUGAAGCCCAAGAAGAUGUCAAUGAUGACUAUAACAAGGCGCCUACUCUGGGCGAUCACGCUGAUAUUGAAACUUCUACUACCGUUGAAAAUGCACUCGGUGAUCCUCAUGAAAUAUCUGAAGGGGUCUACAUUGAUCCACCGCCCCCUGUCCUACUCUCUGUCAGCACCGAGGACCACUUCGACUGGUUUUUGUUCAAUGAAUCUCCAGUUGCAAACACAUCCAGCCAAUCAGAUGGACAGUCCAAUCAAGCCGGUUUAGUAUUGCUUCAUCAUUUCCCAACGUUAUACUACGAGCCACUUUCAGCUGUCUUUGAUGCGCUACGCUUAGACGAAAAUAUUCAAUCAAUGUUCCACUUGUCAGAAAGUGAACUUAUCUUGGAUGCUGUUGAUUUACAAUUGACCCUUAGGGAGGAUAAUAUAUAUGCACGCGAAGUAUCCAUUCACGAUCUUAACGUUUUGCAUGACGUGUCUGGUAUACAUGGUCAACUGCGCAUGAGGUUAUCUGCAUCAACACCUCGGUUUUUAACACGUUAUCAAUACCUGCAGGAGCAUGUAAGUCAACUAAAUUUGGAGCCAGCCUCUGACAUGCCUUUGGCGGAAAUUGUGGAGAGUAAUAUUACAGAAGAAGCACCUGCUGAAGAAAAUCGGGAAGCUCAAGUCAAUGAAAACGCUGACGAGGAGCAGGUUGAAGAGGACAUUGAAACUCGUGCGGAAGACCAAUCAGAAGAAUUGGUUCAGACUAAAAAUAUGCAAGAUAAUGCACAGGAACAAGGUAAUCAGGACGACGGCCGCACCGAAGUAGACACCCAGACGCACACGACAGAAUCAUAUAACCCAGAGACAGAUCUUCCACCCCUUCCGGCAGAGGAUGAAGAAGAAGAUGGUGAAGUGGAAGAAAACACGUCACCAGUGCCUGAUCAUUAUGACAGCACCUUUGCAAUGGGUGGUACUUUGGACAUGUCACAACGGCCACCGGGUCUCGAAACGGAGGUUGAACAACCUCAUGAUUUCAACGCAAAUGCUAUUUCUCUGGAAGCUCUGGAGGGCCCGGUUACUAACAGUCAUGAAUCAGGUGACGGGGAAGAUGGAGUGCGAAGAAUUCAAGAACAGGAUGGAAAUCAGCUUGAUGGAGAGGGGGAAGAGGAAAAUUCGGUAGUGGCGGGAGAAGAUGAAGAUGGCGACGAUGAAGAUUAUCAAACCAUUGGUGAUAGCCAGGAACUAGAACAUCAAGGUCAUCUGGAGGGGGAGUAUGAAUAUCAGGAAAACGCAGAGGAAGAGUAUGCAGAGGAAGAGCCAGCAGCGGAUGACCACAAUGAAUAUUAUCAGGAAAGCGAUACAACACAUUUCGUCGAGGAUCACCUUGACUAUGUUGAGGAAGAAGAGGGGAGUGCUACCCUGCAAAUUCAGAGUGUUGAUGCGCCACUGGCUGGCUUCUCGGAGUUUGACAUUGUACAUCCAAACACUGACGAAAAUGGUGCUGACGAAUCAUCUGUUGGACCAGACUCCCAUCACGAGCAAGGUUCAACGGAAGAGACAUUAGAUGACGGUGUCGCGUACACCUCACAGCUAAAUACCUCGGAACGGGAUUGCAAUAACUCAGAAACAGAUCCGACAGAUCAAAUAAGUGCAAAACCGGAGACGAAGCCAGAAACAACCAGCUUAGAAGUAGGACAAGAUGGGCAACUUGAAAGUUUUUCUGUACUCGAGAAAGAAACUGAUUUGGAGUCAAUUCUUAACCCCAACGUCGAGGAGAGUUUUGCAUGGGAAGACGACUUCGACGGAGAUGGUGACCCUGAAACACCAUUGGAAGGCGACAAUGAGGAUGCACCAUCGCGUUCAAAUCACAGUUCAGUCACCCUGUCCAGCAAAGCGUCAAAACGAAGUUUUGAUGAUUUUGAAUUUGAGGAAGGAUACGAGGACAAUGAGGGUCAUUGGUCACCACCACCAAGUUCUCCUGACCCGAAACGUACUCGGACCCACUGA